GUCUUUUAGGCAGGGCCGCCCAUCCGGCAUGCCCACCUUAAGUAAACCACUUAAACCACGCAAGUGGCCACCUAAAGUACUUCACCUUCUAAACAACCCAAACGGAAGACGGGUCUGUCUUCAGGUCGUCAAAGUCGAUCAUUUCCGAACCGAGAUACCACCUGCGUGCCUACACGAGUAUAGCUGUCCUCUCGUUACACCGCGCAGCUCUCUCCGACAUUUACCAUCCCAUCCCCCAAUUCAACGAUAGGCCAGUGCUACCAGGCCCUGAACCUGGUCGUCCUCUUGAACAUGACCGAAGGUCUCCAAGCUACAGAAGAUGCGGCAGCCGCGCGUGCCGCCGAGCAAGCUCGCUUACGCAAAGAACGCCGUGAGGCUAAGAUCAAGGCUGGAGGAGCCGCGCGACUGAAUAAGAUCACAGGCCUAGGCGGAGGCGUACAGAGAGAUCCCCCGCCGCAGCCACCACUGGAUUCCAGCGUUCCUCAGGCUACGGCGACGACAUCGUCAUCUCCGGCUGCGAUGGCAACUCCCCCUCCACCUGCCGGUCAACAUGGCGACCCAGAAGAAGUCGAUAUAUCAGAGCAUCACUAUGUGCCACGCACGACCGACCGGUCGCUGGCCAGCAACCUAUCAUCAGAUGACAUCUCAGAGGCGCGCCUGCGAAACAUGAUGCUCGGCCUCGACCGCCCCUCGCUCGCCGGAACCCCGCCACCGGCAGGCCGGGACCCGUUCUUAAGCGGCGGAACACCGCCAUCGAUUCCCGGGAUGGAGGGCAUGGACAAUGAUCCAGUGGUGAAGAUGGUGUCACAGCUGAUGUCGCGCGCGGGCGGUGGUCCAAAUACUGGCAGCGACAAUACCGUGCGGCAGACGGAGCAGGCGGCGGUAGAUAAGCCGUUGGACCUAUGGCGCAUCCUCCACGCCGUAUUCGCAUUUGGUCUCGGUCUAUACGUAGUGCUGUCUACGACGUUCACCGGUACGCUAACAGAACGCGAGCACUCAGCCCUCUCCGCAAAAGAAGGGGCAGAGGUGGAUAGCAUCGAGCGCUCCCGUGUGUACUUUUUCUACGUGUUCUCCGCAGUCGAGGCACUGCUGCUGACGGCACGCUUUUUCCUUGAGGACAAGGGUCAGAAUGCGCAACCCAAGAGCUUGGUGUGGGCCAUGAGUGGAUUCAUCCCGCAGCCGGCGAGAGGCUACGUGCAGCAUGCGCUUAGGUACGGACAGAUAUUGAGUACGGUCAGGAUUGACGCCUUGAUGUGUGUUUUUGUGCUAGGGGUUUGCUCGUGGUGGAGAUCAUGAGAGGGGCAUGGCACAGGGUUUGAGGCAACGAUCAAGAUAGGGGUAUUGGCACGAGGUGACUUUUGAACUACCCGCUCGAGUAUUCGUUUUAACUUCGGAGUUCUAAGGCGCCUACAAUAUUUUCACGAGACACGUUUCAAAGUGCCUAGAGGACCCGAUGGAGUGGGAAGUAUGUUCGUUUAUUCAAGACUGUUUAGCAAUAUGAGACUACACCGAGACUCCCUACCAACUAAC